UAAAAAUGUGCUAACUUUAUAAUUUCAUGUGAAACUCAGGAUACAUUCACCUAUCACCGACACAAACAGAAAAGGAUUUGGUCGACUACUGUCUGAAUACAGAGAUGAAGAAUAUCGAAGACAUCUUAAAAGAAACUGGAGGGGAUGGCAGAUUUCAGCUCAUUUUUAUCACUUUCGUUACACUACCCAGGCUCCCGAUGAUGUGGAUUAUGUUGGAGAUGUCGUAUGCCAACUAUGUGCCAGAAUGGUGCUGUCUCCCUGACAAUCAAACCAGCCAAUCAGAAGAAAGCUUAGCUCAGAGUUACUGCUAUCACCAGAACACCAACAUAUCCAUGUUUUCCAAAUCUUGUACCAGAAACAAUUCCACGUGUGACCAGAAAUUCUUUACUACAGGAACUGACACAAUCGUAAACGAGUGGGAUUUGGUGUGUGACAAAAAAUGGAUAGUUCCCAUGGCAACAUCUAUUCAGAUGGCGGGAGUUCUGGUUGGCGCCUUUCUCGGCGGACAGUUGGCGGACUGGAUCGGAAGAAAGAAAACAUUAUUUGUCAGCAUCUUCGUGUGCGGGGUUUUUAAUAUCGUUGGUGGAUUUUCCGUUUCCUGGGAGAUGUUUCUGUCUAUGAGGUUUUUCAUAGGUGUUGCCAUUGGGGGAUUCCUGGUGGUCCCCAUGCCCUACAUGAUGGAGUUUCUUUCGCCUUCUAUCAGGGCGUUCCCUACCCUCAUACCAGCGUCUCAGUUCGGAGCAGCACUAAUGGCACUGACCGCCUGGAAGAUACCAGAUUGGAGAUGGUUGCACUGGAUAGGCGGGGCCAUAGCUAUCCCAACAGCCAUUGGGUACUUUUUUGUACCUGAAAGUUUAAGAUGGUUGACAGUACAAGGACGAAUCGAGGAAGCAGAAGACGUGGUCAAGCAUAUUGCUAGACUGAAUAAGAAACCAGUGCCUAAAGAUUGUGUGGACAUAUUAAAAGGUAUUGCUGAUCGUGAGAGCCAGUCAGCUUCCAAGCGAUACACUUAUAUUCAUCUCUAUAAGGACUGGAAUCUUUUGAAAACUUCAGUCAUAUUGCAGUUUUUAUGGUGUGUCCUCUCAAUGGGAAGUUACGGGAUGUCGUUCUCGGCAGCCUCGCUUGGAUUCAACCUGUAUCUAAACAUCUUCAUUAUGAAUAUGGUCGUAAUCCCAUUUAACCUGUCCUUGACGUGUUUGGUCAACAAUAUUGGACGUAAAAAGUCAACAAUGAUAUUUCUGAUUGUGUCCAGCGUAUGUGGCAUAGGCAACUUGAUCGCUCAUUUAGUUAUUUCAGACAAGUACACACGUGACCUGACUAUCAACAUCCUUAGCAUGAUAUUCCGAGGGGCGCAGACGACUUCCUGGAGUGCUAUCGGUAUACUGAGUAAUGAGAUUUACCCCACAGUCAUUAGAGGUCUAGGAAGUGGGGCACUAAAUACCGCAGCAAGAAUCGGAGGAAUUGUCGCCCCUUUCGCUCUAAAUUUGGAAGAUCGGCCAGUUGUUGCUUUCUCUUUAAUGGCUGGACUGAUGGCAGUGUCUGUGAUAUUGGUAACAUUUCUAGAAGAGACGAAAGGGCUAGCAAUGAAAGACAGCAACUUGGAGGAUCAAGAGAAGACAAUUUCAGCAGAGAGGGACCCAAGGGAGGUCAGCGACUUCAAGUCAGCAGACGAUCACAUAGAAUUGACAGACAAAGUGAAGGAAUCUCACGCGAUCCCAAUUUCUGAUGACGAAGUCCACAAAACACCCAAUCAAAAACAUUUUGGUUUUGAGAAUUUAGUCUAUGAUGAUGAAGAUGAAAAAAAUACUCAAUUAUAAAAACAAGGGAAACUAAAAUCAACGUUUUAGUUAAACUUCAAAUGUUAAACUCUUUCUUCUCUUGCGUUUUGUUGUUUAGUAGAUGUCCAAUCAUCAAUUCUCAAUGUAACAAACUUAGCCCAUCCAUUGAAUUUAAUCAUGUCAUAGAAUUUUGGUCUUUCAUUGAGUUUAGUCAUGUCAUAGAGUUUAGCUCAACCAUUGAAUUUAGUCAUGUCAUAGAAUUUAGCCCUUUCAUUGAGUUUAGUCAUGUCAUAGAAUUUAGCCCUUUCAUUGAGCUUAGUCAUGUCAUAGAGUUUAGCAAAACCAUUGAAUUUAGUCCAGUCAUUGAAUUUAGCCCAGUCAUUGAAUUUAGCCCAGUCAUUGAAUUUAGCCCAGUCAUUGAAUUUAGCCCAAUCAUUGAAUUUAGCCCAGUCAUUGAAUUUAGCCCAAUCAUUGAAUUUAGCCCAGUCAUUGAAUUUAGCCCAAUCAUUGAAUUUAGCCCAGUCAUUGAAUUUAGUCCAGUCCCUGAAGCAAGUGCACUUAUUGAACCUAGUGUAGUAAUUCAGCAUGUAUCCAACAUGUAUCAAUAAAUGCGUAGAGCUGGACGGGACUAAUGUCUGGAUGAUAUCAUCUAGACUACUGCUAUUGACUACCAUUGACUGCUAUUGACUGCUAUUGACUACCAUUGACUGCUAUUGACUGCUAUUGACUACCAUUGACUGCUAUUGACUGCUAUUGACUACUAUUGACUGCU